AUGUAUCAUCUUGGAGUGGACACCACCCGGGCUCUCUCCCUGGUGGUCUCCGACGGCGGCGAGAUGGCCGAACGGCCUUGGUAUUCCAGCCAGAAUCGCGAUUCGGAUCCAGACAUGAUGAUCCAUGAGACCUGCGCGAUCACGACGCGUGUGGCGCCAAGCUUUCUGCGAGUCGGCCAUGUCGACCUUUUCGCCAGGAGGGCGUCCCACUCCUCGGCGACGCCCGCGCAGAUCAAGGAGCAUGAGCUGAUCGUGGAGCACGCUCUCUUCCGCGAGUACCCGGACUGCCUUCCUGGAUCUCCCCUGCCGGCGAGAGCGGCGGCGAUGCUUCGCGAGGCAGCUAAGCGCUUCAGCGUGCUGAUUGCCGGAUGGUUGCGCGUGGGUUUCUGCCAGGGCAACUUCAAUGCUGACAACUGCUUGGUCGGUGGCCGGACGAUGGACUACGGCCCCUUCGGCUGGAUCGAACGCUACGACCCUAUGUUCGCGAAAUGGGUGGGCUCAGGCAAUCACUUUGCCUUCAGGAAUCAGCCCGAAGCUGGAUUGGCGAACUUCAUGACCCUCGCCAUCGCAAUGAAGCCGCUCUUGGGGAAGGAUGCCCCGUCUAUCCUGCAGGAGAUUGCUGAGGCAGCCCAGGAGGAGAUGAACUCCACCGUGUCGGCGAUGUGGCGGGCCAAGCUGGGCUUUCCCAGUGUCAGCGGCGAUGCUGCAAAAUUGGCCGACAGCCUCUGGGCCGAUGUGCAGGCUGCGAUGCGCUUCGCCGUGGAUUACACCAUCUUCUUCCGGCAGCUCGCAGAUGCUCUGGAAGUGACCGAAGACGGUGCAGCCGGGAGCGAUCUGGUACCAGGAAGCUUGGUUCGUAUCAACGGAUUGAAGAGUGCGGCAGAGCUGAAUGGCAGCCUCGCCACAUGUGGCGAGUUCGUCUCCAGCAGCGGCCGAUGGGCGGUGGUGACGGCGGAUGGAGACAAAGCGCUGAAACCUGAGAACCUGGAGUUCAUUUCCAGUGGGGAGGCUCUGUUUGCGACAGUCAGCAGGGCAUUCUACGACGCCCCAAAGCCGGACGUCCGGGUCCAGUGGUUGGUGUGGCUGCGACGCCUGCGAAGUGCUCUUACAGCGGAGGGCGGCACUGCAGCGGCCGCACAGCGGAUCCGCGCGACGAAUCCCAAGUACAUUCCUCGAGAGUGGAUGUUGGUGCAGGCGUACGACGCCGCGGCCAAGGGCGACUACAGCCUGACGCACGAGUUGCACCGCCUGCCCCUUCGAUUUAUGUUGCUACUCGAGGUCUUCGGAUGGAUCUUGAAGAGAUCUUUCAUACACAGAAGUUAG